UGCUCAUCAGUCGAGAUGCUGAUAAUAUUCUACUGCUUUAUUCUCUCUCUUCUGUCAUCAUUAUUCUACAGCACUGCUCAUCUUCACACAUCAACACCAAAUCACAAGAUGAUCACAAUAUCCUGCGCUUUCUUCACUCUUCUGACCUGUGUCGGUGGAGUGACUGUAGUGACUCAGAGUCCAUUAAUCACAGUCAGUAAAGGAGAAACAGCUCAACUGGACUGUAAUCUGGGGACAGUAACUAAUGUUGCUGGAUGGUACAAACAGACUCCAGCAGGAGUUCCUCAGUUUGUGUUAGUGUUUUAUCAUGGCUGGAGCUCACCUACAUAUGGAUCUGGUUUCUCUGCUCCUAAAUUCACAUCAACACAUUCAUCUCAGUCAGAUUAUCGUCUGAUCAUCAGUAAUGUGGAUGUGGAUGAUUCUGCAGUGUAUUACUGUCAGACAUAUGACAGCUCUGUUAGUGAGGGGGUAUUCGGACAAGGAACAAAACUCAUUGUGAACGAUGCAGCAGCUGCUGCUCCUGAGCUGAACAUCCUCCGUCCAUCCAGAGAAGAGCUGAGCUCCAGUAAAGUCACUCUGGUGUGUCUGAUCAGUCACAUGUCUGGGGCUUUUGCUGAUGUGCGUUGGCUUGUGAACGGGAACUCAGUUACUGAAGGCGUCUUCACUGGAUCUGCUGAACAGCAGCCUGAUAAGAAGUUCAAGACGAGCAGUUAUUUAAGCAUUGAGAGCUCAGAGUGGGACAAAGACACACAGCUGACAUGUGAAGCGACUGCUGCCUCAAAAACCUCCAGAAAAAGCAUCAAGAAAUCUGACUGCAGCGACUGAACUGCUUGAUUUAUGUGAGAGUAAUUCAGUCUGUUUGCGUAGAGUAGAAGAAAACAUGGAUAGAAUCUAGCAAAAAUAAAGAAAGUAUUGGUUGCUUCAUUCUCUGAAUGUCAUUUUAUGUUUGAAUGUACAUUAUUGUGCUUUAUAAACUCAAAUAAACUGCAUGUUAAUCAAA